AUGGGAAACCCUGCAGCAAAAGGUGAAUCGUCUAGUCAAAAAAGGAAAGAAAUGGAAAGACCUUAUGUAGGAAAGAAGCCUACAAGAACUAGUCAUACGCUGAAAAAGAAGUUUGAAGGGAAAGCAGCCACAGGAGAAAGAAUUGAAAUUCUAAGCUCAAAAUAUGAUGAGGAAGAGUCUCCUCGAGAAAACUCUCCUAAGGUAUUGUCUCAAUUCUCUUCUUCUAGUGAAGAAGAAAAGCAAGAAUAUAAAAUGUCCCAUUCAGAAGAGUUCUCAGAAGAAGAAGAAGUGAAUAAGAAUCUAGGAGGCAAUAAAGAACUUGGAGGAGAAAAAUUGAAUGAAACAAAGCAUGAAAUUCAAAACAUGGUUCAAAUUAAUGAGGAGGAGGAACAAAAAGAAGUAGAGGAUGAACAAGAAGAAAUAGAUGAAGAAGAGGAAGAAGCAGGAGAUGAAGAAGAGGAAUUGCCAGGACAUUAUGGAGAAAUCAAUCUAAACAUUGAUUUAAACAUUGGCGAUAAUGCUUCUAGACCACAACAAACUAGUCAGGAUAAGCCUGAUAAUGAAAGAAUUGUUGCAACUAAGUUAGCAAAUCUAGCUGAGGCUGCUGAGAAAGUGAAUCAGGAAGAACAACAAACAAAAGUUAAGGUAAGUGUGCAUGUUCCACCUUCUUUUUCUUGGGGAUCGAUUGCUUUUGGAUUAUUGCAAUUAUUAGAAAAUAACAAGGAAGAAUGGAAAGGAGAAAAGGAGGUCUUAUAA